AUGGCAGCUAAGUCAGGCAUGGUCAACCCGGCCAUCUUCCAGGAUCUUCAAGCGCGCGUAGACGAAGACACCGCCGCUCGGGAUGAGCUGCGCGACAUCAUACAGGCACUUGAGAAGCACAACCGUAAUGUGUCGUUCGUGCUCUCAAGAGCCCAUUCGACGCCCGUAGAUGAGCUAUCCGACAUCCUCAAGGCAGCCCAGGAACCUAUCGACAAUGUGAUCGAUACCGUAUCCAAGCUGUCGCAGGCUGCGUCAAAGAUGCCAUACUACAAGUUCAACACCAUGUGGAGCCGUCAGAUGCAGGGCGCAUGCGAGAGCGCUUUGUUCUGGGGCUGGUUGGGCGGCUACAAGUACGAUGGCGGUGAAGUACAGUGCGGCCGUUUGUUGACCAUCGAAGAGCUCGGCGAGAUCUUCAAGAUUCCUGUCAACUUGAAGGACCGCGAUGAGUUCCACCUCUCGCUCGAGGAGUAUCUCCACUCACUUAUGACGCUCGUCGAGGAACUGACACGCCUUGCACGUAACGCCGUCACUCUAGGGGACUACGAGCGUCCACUUCUCAUCAACCAAUUCGUCAAGGACUUGCACGCAGGCUUCCAGAUUCUCAACCUCAAGAAUGACAGCUUGCGCCGUCGCAGCGACGGGCUGAAGUAUAGGGUCAAGGAUGUGGAGGAUGUAGUCUAUGAUCUUUCCUUGAGGAACCUACUACCGAAGAAGGCAGAGCAGAAGCAGUAG